CGUAUUAAAAUUAUCGUGUUCGUUGUUGUGUUGCUGGAAGGUGGAAGGAGAGACCAGACCGUGGGUUGUAUCGACGGCACUAUUUAGUUCUGUUGUGUUGAGGCAGUCCAGGGACGGUCCAAUUCGGUCCAGUAGUCUAGACUAGACUAGACGACAACGAACUAAAAUGGAACCGAGAGAAGGUGGAAGCAGCUUGAGUGCAGCGGAGGGAGCUGCUGCAUCUAUGGAUUUUACUGCGGCUACGCGCUCGCGUCGCGUGCAUUCCAACGUGAAAAAUUCACCGCAGAGAGCGUACCGGGAUGGCCGCUGCAGCRGCAUGUAUUGCGAUGGGAUGUGUAGCUACUCGAACAACACCCGUAAUAACAACUGUAGYAAAAGUGGCAACAACGAUAGCGACAUGGGGGGUAGAAAGGCAGAUGAUAAAAUCUCUGGGGGCGAAACACGCCCUCCGAUAGCCGUAGGAGACUCGUUUUACGAGGACGACAUGGCAGACUAUUGCUGCAACUGCAAUCAAGGGGAAGAUCGGGGCAACGAUAUGGGUCAGGACGAAGGCAAGAAUGCCGAAGGGGGUCGUUUCAUCAGGGGGGGGAAMGAGGCUCCGAAGUUCGUAGAUUUAUCAACACCCACACUGAUUGAUGAGGUCGAUAUCUACGAAAACGAAGAGGAAGAGCGCGAGAUGGUGAAACUGGAAUAUGARAGAAUACGACGGAAUGCUUCUGCUCCCAUAGGAUCCCAUUCUCGCACUCCUGAUACUGCAAGCAUCUACUACAAUCCUCGCAGUCGUUUCGGUGCGAUGAACAUGACCUUGAACGUGAACGAAGCCGGAUCGGUACGCCGCACUCCCGGUGCAAUGAUGUACCGAUCGAACUACGAGGCUWCGAAUMAAAACCAAGCAGCCUCCACGGCAAGUGACUCUCAAUCACACCCCGAAAGGAGCGAUAGUUUCGAAAGGGAAAGCAUGCGACGAACGCCUGGUGCAAGCAAGAUGCAUGCMUCUGCUUUGGCAGGUGGCGCUGCUCCUAGCCCUACGAAACUUCCACAAGACACGAACCGCGCUUCCCAAGGAACGGAUGUAUCCGGCCUUGGAUUUGGCUUGACCUUGUCGUCGCCAUUGGCCACUAGGGAAAGAGGGUUGGAUAGCGACCGGACUGCUUCCGCGAGGUCUUUGAGCAGCAAGGAUCCAAGCACGACCUCGGGUGGUAGCACUACCAAGAACAGCUCUCUGGAUUCACCCUGGUCGAAAGCUCCCCAACAAAAGCAACAAGAUCACAUCCCCAGCGAAGGACGGAAUUUGUAUUCUCCGAAUACAUUGCGUCUCACCGAAGACCUUGGGAAUUUGCUGCUAGAAGACGAUGACAAUUCCGAUGAGACUCAAAAAAUUAGCCAGUUUGUCUUUCGCAGCGGAACCUCCUCUUCCUCUGCAGAUAAGGGUCCUUCGACAAGUAACACAAGUAGCAGAGGAGAUCUCAAUGAUAGAACCACAAGCAUCACUGAAAGCUGGACAACUCCUUUCAUUGURAACAUGGAGCAAAAUCAGCACCAACCGUCAAGAGUACCCCGGAACGCCCAUCGAGGGCGCAAAUCUAGGCUGGACAGAGCCGGAAGAUCGCGCGGGGGAACGGAUAGAACGGCUUCGUCAUCGCUAUCUUCCUCGGCGUCGUUCUACCGUCCGGGUGGAAACAGCUUUCUCCCCCAUGCCCCCACCCCUGUCCGAAAGAUGCAGCCGMAACCUUUUGAUAGGAACUCUGGCGGGAAUCGAAACUCGAAUACCACCACCUCAUCCUACGACCCAUCUGCACCAGACUUUUCGUUUGGUAGUGGCAUUUUAGGGCAAGGAACGUCGUCUUUCGGGGAAUUUGCUAGGCAGCAACAGGGUCACGUUGAUAUGAAUGCACCUGCACUCAACUUUGGUGGGGCAUUUUCUCCCCCGGCGAAGCUCGCUGGAAGUACGCCUGCCGUUACUACCCAACAGCAACAACGACAACUUCCUCCUCCACCCGUGUCUGGCCCGUUUGUUGGCUCGAACCAACAGGGAAAUCCCGGUUUUGAUACAUCUGUACAAUACCGCCCUUUUGCAACGGGAUCACCCGCCUUCGGAGUAAGCUUUGCCAAUCCGCCACAGGUGCAUCCGAUGCCUACACCAGUCCCAUACUUUCAAGGAACGCCCACCUUUGGUCAUACCUCGACUUUUCAAACUGUGGUGCCACAUUUUGCGGAAAGCGGUCAGCAUCCUCACAAUACGAUGUUUCCUGCGAACACCGGCAAUCACCCUCCUCCUUUGAGCCAUAGUCCGACCUUGAGCUUUUCUCACCACCCGAAUGCUGGAUACCAAAUGGGCGCGCCCGCCAAUAUGCAUAAUCAUCAUGGUGCUUCAUUAGCACCGGAUGCKAUGCUUAAUGCCAACGCCCCUCGAGGCCAAGCUGUAUCACAGCAACCGAUCCAUUUCGUACCCAGCCCACAACCAUGGGCGUCGAAUAUGUCCRUGCAGUACGAGGGAAUGCAGCCUUCGUCAAACAUUGAUCAACAAUACAGUGGCCAUAGAUCUAACAAUCCUUAUUCAAGUCAUGGUGGUUGGCAGAUGCAGCAAUACAGGGUACAUCAUUCACCACAAGUUCUACUAGAGUCUCCAGCAGUUUCAGGCAUGGUAACUCCAACUCAAACAUGGAAUGGUCAGGAAGGGGAGCAGGCACCAACUCAAGGGGAUGGCUUGCAGCAAGCCAAUACGUUCAAUUCCAACGCUGGGCAGCAAAGAUCUCCUUUUGUUCCGUCCCGGCCACCAAGUAGGGGGAAGAAUCAACGCAAGACCAAGAAUCUUUCUCGUGCGCAGAAAUGGGCCAACAAGAACAACCAGCAAAAGAGUGAUAACGGGAGCCACAAGGGAUUCCAGCGAAUGGAUACGGGCCCAAGUGGAGGGAAUACACAAGGGAACCCUUCGACGUCGACAAUCGGGAAGAAGUCAUCGUCUAGUGCGAAGGGAGGGAAGAAAAAACACAGGGAUAGAAAUACACCAACUCAUCUUGAAAGAGCGACAAGUACUCCGGUCGAAGAUAUCGCUACCGACCAAUCAAACGCUGCUGCUACGGCUUCAUCCACCGAAGCAGCAGAAGAUCCGGCAGAUGCCAAGCGCGCCGAACUGACAGAAAGUCCUGCUACGAGGUCAGCGUUCAAAGAGUUCUACCGGAAGCUUCGAUCCGAAGAACGCACAUCAUUCCAAGCUGCAGAAAACUUUGCGAUGCUUUCUUUAUCAGAUGGCUCUUUGCCUGAGUCUAUCCACUGGAGAGUUUAUCUAGAACUUGCUGAUUUGGCCAAAAGAUCCAAUCGGUUUGAAGAAGCAAGGAGAUUGUAUCAGCAGGUAUACAAACUUCAACCGUAUGCUAGCCAAGGAUGGUUGGAAUUCAGCAAAUUAGAGGAGGAAUGUGGGAAUAUGAACGCAUGUGCCAAAAUUCUCUCUGCAGGUCUGGAAUAUUGUGAGUAUAGCGAAAGCUUGUUGUCUCGUGCUAUCAAGCACGAAGAGAAAAGGGGAAACUUAGGUCGAGCUAGAGAAUUUCUUGCACGACUCAAACAUGUUGGAAUAGAGAAGGUGUGGCGAACAGUUCUCGAGGGAGCAAUGUUGGAAGCCAGAGCCGGAAACGAUGUAAUGGCAAGACGGGUUUUGAAGUACCUCAUGCAUCACGUGCCAUGGUAUGGCCCUUUAUACCUUGAAGCAUACAAGUUAGAAAAAGAUCUUGGUCGUUCCAAGGAGGCACUUGCAGUUGUAGAACGCGGUUUGGCCGCUAUUCCGAGGUACGGACCACUUUGGUUUGGAGCAUUCCGUCUCUGCGAGGAGCUUGAUCUAGAAGAGAAGGCUUACUGUUUACCGCAAUCUAUGGCAAUGAUUGAUCGAGCUACGCUUAGUAUCAGCAAAGAACUGAUUUGGAAAGUUCACCUAGAAGCUGCGCAAAUGUUGGAACGAUCUUCAACAGAGAAUCUUAACUCGAAGACGGAUCCAACGUUUUUACAAGUAAUGGAAAUGAGCCGGAAACGGUUUGCGUUGACUAUCGUCUCCUGUCCUCCCAAUCUGAGAUGGAAAGUAUGGCUUGCUGCUGGAAGGAUGGAAGUAGCAGCUGGCAACUCUGAUAUCGCUAGAAGACUUUUUCUCAGAGCUCAUCGAGUUGUUCCAGAUAAAGGGAGAGCUGUUGCAUUAUUGGAGUGUGCGAGACUGGAGGAGUUUGUGGGUGAUGUCGAACUGGCAAAAUCAAUUUUAUGUAGGAGCCGAAACGUCGGCGGUUCUGACUGGAAAGUGUGGUUGGAAAGUGUGAUGUUAGCGAUUCGUAAUGGGACUUAUUCGAAGGCCAUUGUACUUUCGCAAAAGGCCCUCCAACAACAUUCUGGAACUGGCAGACUGUGGGCAUCGCUAAUUCAACUCCGUCAUCUCGCUGAUGUUGAAGAAGCGCAGUUCGAGUCUCUAGCGCUGGCGUUGAACGCCGUCCCAAAAAGCGGAGAAGUGUGGUGUGAAGGAGCAAGAAUUCACCUAAACCCCUUUUCUCAUACUUUUGAUCUUCAACGGGCUAGCAGGCAUCUAUAUUUUGCCACGAAAUUUACUCCUCAGUACGGAGAUGGAUUCCUUGAAACACUUCGUCUGGUGAUUCUCGAUCAGCUCUUAGUACCAAUUAGUGUUCACAUYUGGGAAGAGAGCAAAGGCCAAUUUCAAAGUGGAAAAGAUGAAACAUGGGAGGAGGACCUUACCAACUAUAUUUUCCAAAUCCUCCUAGACCUCAAUGAGAUACGCAACUCAGUACGGGGUGAAAAGGCCGAAUCACRAGACUCAAUUGCGACGAAUUCCCUUCUYACAAAGUCAUCAGUUGAUAUGGUUGUGGAACGUUUGCACUCUGGCAAUAGCCUUGGGCUCAUUGACAUAUCUAAACUUGAACUUCGGUGCGCAAAUGCCGAUCCAAAUUACGGGCCUCUCUGGUUUCAUUGCCGUUCUGGACCUACUGAAACGGCGAGAAAUGUAUUGGCUAGGGCGGUCACGUUUAUUCUCGAUGAAGUCAAGGCUCAUGCUUAUCUAUACAUUAUUUCAUCAGUGAGAAGAUGCGCUGUAAUAUCUCGCUUUCAACAAAAAAUAAAGCAAGGGAUGAAGGAAGGAACUUCAUCGUGGGAAAAAGCAAUCGAUAAAGAAUUACUUUCUGCUCCAUCUCUGAAAGAAAUUAUUCAACACGGCAUGGAAAAUAUCAAAACUGGCAUAGAGCUUUUGGAAAGCUCUAUUCCUCCGACAAAUUUCAUUGCUGGUAUUGCCGAACUAAAUCAGCAUCAUCCUAUUCAAAAGUUAAGCUUACCCGAGCGAAGGAAGAUGCUUUUUGGAGCAGAUUCUCUUUUCUCUUAAUGUAUAAGAGGACGAACUAAUUCACUCCGCGUUUUUAGCUCAGACAAUCGAUACACAGUUCAAACAAUCACGCCUUGCAAAAUUGUACAACGCUGUGCUUCUGAAAUUAAUUUUUUUCAAUUGU